CCCUCCCUCUCUCUCUCUCUCUCGCCCUCCCCCUCCCCAACAACACCGUGCGAUGGUCAGCUCGAUCCUCGUCAACAACCGCUGCGCGGCCUUCGGCCUGCGAGUGCACUCCCUGCACGUCCGGUCAUCGGUUCCCGAUGUCCUGAACCUCGUCGACCAGUCCGAGACCGCGGAGGAGAUCCCCGUGGUCCGGAAUGCCGGGAGCGCCGACAUCCUGGCCAGCGUGCCCGAAGACGAUGACAGCGCCUCAGAUGACCAGGACGACGCCUCGUCCGUCCUUUCCUCCUCCACCUCCGCAAAUGUCCCGGCCCGGCGCAAGAUGAAGAAGCUGGUCCGCACCAAGCGCCAGCACAUCGAUCCGGCCACCAAGUCCACCCUCCUGUCGCUGAGCCGGCACUCGCUCAAGUUCCGCGAGCCGGUGGAGAUCCUCACCGUCCUGGUGCCCUACGCGGUCAGCGACCAGGCCACCGCCCCCCCGGGCACGGCCAAGUUCUCUGACAGCCUAUCCGAGGGGUCCUCGCGGAACCUGCUCGGCGACGCGCCGGCCCCCUUCGCCUUCCUGCUGAAGCAGCGCAUCUUCCCCUCCUCCUCGACGCUCGGGUCCAGGUGCGAGGUGGCCUUCGACUCCCGGCCCUCGGGCAGUCUCUCCUCGGUGGUCGGCUGGUCGACCAAUGCCGUCACGCGCACUGUCAUCGUGUCCCCGCCGGCUGGGGCCACAGUUGCCGGGGCCGACCCCCAAUCGCCCAUCCCCCUGCCCCGGUUCUAUGUGUCCUUGCGAGUGAUCAAGUCUCGUGCGGGGGACGACGACUUCGAGUACACCAUCUGCGACAUCCCCAGCGAGGACACCGACCUCAAGAUCGACGCCCCGACCCUACGCGAGCCGAAGGCCUUCCUGGCAAAGCUGAGUUUCGAGGCCAGUCUUCCCCGCGGCUUUGUCCUGGAAGAGGUCUACGAGAACCAGCGACGUCUUGUCGGCGUGAACUCCUUCUCGGCACGAAAUCUCACUUCCUCCGAGCGCAGCCCCUGGAGCACGCUCUGGGGCGAGUCGCGCCUUCCAUUGGAGUAUAUCCCCCUGCCGCCGGCAUCCAUGACCCCGGCCGGCAACUCCAGUUGGGAGUGGCUUUGGGACACAUGGGUCGUUGACGACCGCCCCCGGCGGUACAUCAACCCGAAGAAGGUCGGCUCGAUGCCGGCCACAGGAUCCGGGUCACAUGCCCGGUCCCGGUCGCGGCCCGACUCCAUCCCCGAAGACCCGAGCUCGCCGCUGGAACCGGUGGCCGAAGUGGCCUCCUCAGCGUCCUCGGUGCUCAUGCCGGCCGAGGCCGCCGGGCCGGAGGAGUUCGCCAGCUGCGAUGCCGCCGGCUGGCAGUACGCCAACAAGUGGAGUUCCAACACUUGGUCCGCCACUCCCGGCGGGAUGAGCGCUGUCCGACGCCGGCGGUGGAUCCGCCUGCGCGUGUGCCCGGGCCUGGUGGCCUCGGAGCUGAGCUCUGCCCUGUCCAAGUGCGGCUCGGCCGGCUUCCUCUCGGCCGAGGCGGCCAUCUUCGACUCGGACCGUUGGGACACGUUGGCCCUGCCGGUCGUGCAGUCGUAUGAGGACCUCCUGGUGACCGUGUCGCUCCCGGACUUCUCUGACGACCAGCGCCUGGCCCUCCUGGUCGCCUUCAUUGACCAUUCCUCGUCCGGGCUAUCCUCGCCCAAGACGUCGCCCGAUGAGUUCAUGAAGGUCAUCUCGUACUUCCGGUUCGAUGCCACACGCCGGAAGGCCCUCGAGCUCAUUGCUGAGCGCUUCCCCGGGUGCUUGGCCGAUGCUCCGGGCAUGGUCAACAGCCUGGUGUUCUUCACCAACCGGGUUGGCCUGGCGGCUGGCAACAAGCACCGCUAGCCGUGCUCAUGAUCCAGAACCACUCUGUCAAAAUAGAACACUCCGACAACACA